AUGCCAGAGCCUCAACCAUCAUACCGGGAGAGACAAUAUACGAUAUUUCAACAAGACGACAACCACAAUAAUUCAGCAGAAAGUUCUGUCUCAGAUAAACUAUUUUACAUGAAACAACACUUCAAAAGCACAAAGGGAAAGUUUAAAAAUCCACAUAAAGAACGAGAACAGAAUAAUACAAUGGAUGACAACGUAAUGUCUACACGACAAGACUUUGUUCAAUUUGACAGGUUACAACAAUUUAGGAAUCAAUGCGAAUCAUAUAAUCUCCUGACGAACAAUACUAACAGUGAUGAAGGUAUGAAGGUCUUAUAUUCAAAGCAAUACAGACUUGCUUACAGACUUGUUCCUAAAAUUGGUUCGACAUUCAUGAUACAAGUUUACAGCAUUUUGGAAAACAAUGGAAAGACUGGAAACUUGUUAAACUUACCUAGAAGCAGUAUACAUAACAAGCGAGUAGAUCGUUUCCGUAAGAUUAUCAGUUUAUCUAGUUUGAACACUUACACAUUCCUCGUUAUGGCGAGAAACCCGUAUUCACGCCUAUAUUCCGCAUACAUUGACAAAGUUUAUAUAUUAAACAAUUUGAACUUGUGUUCUGACAUACAUUCCACACUCUUUCGAAAAAAGGAACGAAUGUUUUUGUGUAAAUUUGAUAUUUCAUUUGAACAAUUUCUUGAAUACUACUUAGAUAAGGGAGGUAGUGUACUGAGUGGCCAUUAUAAUCCGAUAUUAUCACAUAAAAUUGCUAGAAAAUUGUGUAAUCUUCAAAAUAUUAUAAUCGUGAAACAAGAAACAUUUUCUGAAGACAUGGACCACGUGUUCAAGUCUGUACACGUGAAAGGGAAGGAAUAUGACGUCAUAUAUGACGUAAUGCAUUCUAAACAAACCAAGAUAACAAUUGGUAGUAUAGUUAAGACUGUUUACCAAAGAUUUUCCUCUUCUCUAUCUUUGGUAACAUGUUUGACUUGGAAAGAAAUUGCUAAAAAACUGUGGAAAUCAUUUCAAAUUCAAGGAUAUAUAAAUGAAAAGUCGCAAUUUCCUGAAAAGAAAUAUCAGAAUUUGAACGAUUAUAAAAGUGAUAAAUAUCUUAUUAAAGUAAUACUGCAAGAAGUGCGAAGAAACCCACUGAGUCAUGAAGAAAAAAUAAAACAAAGAAAUGAGGCUUUAAUUAAGGCAUUCACAGGCGUAGACAAGAAAUAUUUACGUAAAAUACGGGAACUCUACGCCAUGGACUUCAAUAUGUUUCAGUACAAGACUAAUCUAUUACAGACAUUGACUUGAAAAAGAAACACAGGAUAAAAAAUAAAUCAAUAUUUAUUAUCAAAAUUAAAACUUGUUCCGGCUUUUGCUAAAACAUAUGAUUAUGCACCA